UGGAGAGGAGAGAAGCAGAGAGACAGAGAGAGAAAGAGAAGAGAGAGAGGGAGAUGCAGGAGAUGUAUGAGGCGUGGGAGAGGGAGAGACAGGAGAUGUAUGAGGAAUGGGAGAGGGAGAGGAGAGUAGCAGCUUUAAGAAACGCAAUUGAAGAUUUACUUGAUGCAUUUAUACAUGAAUUGCGUAUGAAUUUAUCUUUUUAGAAAAAUCUCUUUACAUUCCGUUAGCAAUCAAUUAAUGCAAUAAAUGCUCAGCGGAAAAAUAAUGUUUAAUCUUGUAAUGAAAUGAAAUGUCAUAAAUUGCUUGAGUGCUGUACUUCUGGUGUCUUCAUGUGCACAACACGAACAUAAAAACUUGAUCAAUCAUUAUCAUAACUCAAGCUCGAUGGUAUGUUAAAUGAUUUGUAUAUAUCAAGUUUUCUUGUCUUGAUUUUCAUUUACUUUUGAUCAUUCAAAUUCUGUUUUCAUAUCCUCACUCUGUUAACUUGAAUGCAUAUUAUCACUGUUUUUGAAUCUUACAUAGUUUAUUUAUUUAGUUUUUUCUGUUAGUCAAAGUGUGUCAUUAAUUUCAGAGACAAUGUUGUUAUAUUCUUUCAUAGUGUACUCUAUUGCUUUUAUUUCCUGAUGAAUAAAGUUUAUUGACAAUACUUUGUGCAUUUAUUUGAGAGAGACUUUGAAUACAAGACUUUUAUUUGUUAUGGAGAACUGAACUCUUAUAAAAGUAACUUUAUGCCAGAAGAGGAUUAGGGCCACCUGUGAAUUUUUUUUUUUAUUUUUUUUUUUUAUUUUUUUUUUUUUAGUUCUGACUUUAAAGUCAGAGUUCUGAGAAUUAAGUCAGAUAACAUUGAGUAUGGUUGACAAACAGUAAACAGAAUUUGGUAGAGGAAUUCCGGUUCCGGAGGUAAAUUUGCCAUUCAUUCACUCCAUUUACAUUUCAUAAAAUGUUCAUUGUGUGUCUGACUGAGCACCCUGACCAGAUAGCUGCCGGGCAUUUUUCCAGAAUUUGCCACUUUAUAAAUUUGCCUUGCGUAUUUUUGGUGGUAAUCCUGAGUGGGGGUACGCUUCAGUGUUUCGCAGUUGACUAGAUUCCUGGUCUUGGAUGAUUCACUGAGUUCAGCAUUUAAAGAUGCCUUGAGCUCAACAAGCCACUGAAGACUAGCUAGGUGAGUUAGCCACCUUUUGUAAGCAGGUAAAGUUGGGGUGUCUCUACAGUUUGUUUCCCUUCAUUUAUACUCUGCACAGUGAUGUGGUUUUGUGUGAAAUGACUGCUUUUGUGUUGGUCAUGUUGUGAUGUGUGGCCCUAAUUAAUACCUAUGUGCAGUAACUUUUUGUGACCUUUUGGUUGUGGUAACUGGACUCCACUUUUGUUGGGUCGCUUAUGGUUGCAGCUUAAGUGUAAGCUGGCAGCAAUUUUGUGUAGUGGUGACUACGCAGUGAUGCCAUUUUGUUUGUGGUUGCUGCAGUCCACUUUUGGUGUAGUCACGUUGGGUUUUGCUGCUUUAGUGUAUUAUUAGUGUGAUUGGGAUGGCGUCACUCCCCAGAUCAGUGAAUCUUGAGUGGUGGGUAUGGCUUUCCAAUUUGUCCAGUCACUUUGUCUCUUUCUGUUGCUCUCCAUUAUAUAGUAACGAGUGGUUGGAGAUCACAAGGUGUCCAUUUUGGGUGUGGUAGUGGCAGUUCACUUUUGUUGGGUCACUUGCAGUUGCAGCUUAGGUGUAAGCUGGAAACAUUUGGGUCUGGUAGUGGCUACACAGUGACACCUUUUGCACCUGAGUGAACUGUUGGGUAUUUAAAUGAGCAGAAAGUAUCUACUCUGUGGCAAGCUGCUAUUCUUGCUGAUGAGUUUGUGCUUAUCCACAAAAGCGCCUUUAUUAGGCACGAUUCUUCUCCUCAAUGUGAAACUGCUUUUGAGUCUGGGGACACGUGUUCCACGUGCUAGUACAUCUGUCUCUGCUCCUAAGGCAGAUAAGCAAUGUUUUAUCUGUCAUAAAGCUGACCAUCUAGUUGCCGACCGCAAUGCAUGGAAACUUAAGCAGCAGGAGGCAGUUUCAAAGCCCAAGGAUGAGGGGCUAGUUAAAACAGUAGCCAGUUGUCCAGCACCCACCAUUCAAACAGUACCUGAUGAGUGUUUCAAACCUUUCAUUUUCCCUGCAUUUGUCUCGCUCACAGGAAAGGCGGAUGAUCAGCAUUCUGUCACAGUGUUGCGAGACACUAGUGGCUCCCAGUCAUUCAUCCUUUCCACUGUACUGCCCUUGAGUGAGGAGUCUGCUUGUGGCACGAGCGCAAUCGUAAGAGGUAUUGGGAUGGGAUUUGUACCGGCACCUCUUCACCACAUUCACAUCCAGUCUAACCUUAAAACUGGUUUCUUCCGGGUAGCUGUGCGUUCCUCGUUCCCCAUCGAUGGUGUUGAUUUUAUUAUGGGUAAUGACAUAGCUGGGGGUAAAAUAUAUCCAUCACCCAAAGUCAUUGACAACCCAAUUGCAGAAUCUAGACAUGAUGAUCUGGUCCAAUGUCACCCUGACGUGUUCAGUUAGUGUGCUAUCUAGAACUCAAGCCAGAAAACAAGCUCAGGAUGUUGAUCUGUCUGACUCUGUUUUUGCUUUGCCUUAUCUGAGGACAGGCUGCCACCUACAGGGGGGAAAGGAAAACUGUACUGCAGGCCUAGAAAAGUGCGAAGGUGUGGCAGAACCUGUUGCUGCUCAUGUGCUGCCACUGACCCCUGAGGCACUCAUCAGCUCCCAGUCAGGUGACCCAUCUUUAAGGAAAUGUUUUGCAGCAGUUGAGGAUGUCAGUAAGUGUACUGAGAUUCAGUCAUUCUUCUUAGAUAACAGGGUGUUGAUGCAGAGAUGGAUUUCACAACUAGGAAAAACCAAUGCAGUUGGUGACUGGGCUUAAUUCACAACAGCCAUAAAACAUUUUCUUAAAUCUAUCCUGUCCUCCCCAGGACAGUGACACUUCGAUGCAACAGAUGGGACAACAAAUGUCAUCUUAUCUACAUUUCACUAUCUUCCCAUGUGGAGGAUGUGCCCCACCUGUGCCUCUCUGACACCUCAAGCAACAUGACAUUCCUCCUCUCACGUCCUGCUCCUGUCAUUACAGCACAUUGAUCACAGACAGGAAAACAACGUAAUUUCUUACAUUUUCCUCUGGAACUACUGGACACGCAGCAAUGUUCAUCUUCAUAAGAGAGCAGUGCAGCUGAUACUGGAUGUGGUUUGGUGCACAUUUAAAGCAUCUGCGGUUUCUUGCAGACAUUCAGAACUCUGCUUCUUCAUUUAAACUGCAGAAUCUUCUCUGUGCUCUUUGACUCAAACAUGGCCAGCAAGUCUUACAACCCAGACAUGACUGACAACUCAGGACAGAUCAUCACAAAUAACAAGCAGCUGAGGAUAGUGAUGGUGGGGAAGACUGGAGCUGGGAAGAGUGCUGCUGGAAACACCAUCCUGGGACGAAAGGGCUUUGAAUCAAAGUGCACAUCUAAGUCUGUGACUGUUGACUGUUUCAAGCAUGAAUGUGUGAUAGAUGGGCAACAGAUUGCUGUCAUUGACACUCCAGGCCUGUUUGACAACAGGUUUGAUGAGACUAAAACAGCCAAAGAUGUGAGCCAGUGCAUUCGUUUCUCUGCUCCUGGACCCCAUGUGUUUCUGGUGGUCAUUGGUGUGGGCAGAUUCACUGCAGAGGAAAAGCAGACGGUGCAAAAGAUUCAAGAAAUAUUUGGCCAGGAUGCAGACAGAUACAGCAUGGUUCUCUUUACUCGUGGUGACGAUCUUGAAGAAACGACCAUCGAGAAAUUCAUGAGUGACGACGCCGACCUUCAAGAACUUGUGGCCAGAUGUAACAACCAGUACCACGUCUUCAACAAUAAGGAGAAGAAGGAUCGCUCACAGGUCAAUGAGCUGCUCCAGAAGAUCAGAAAUAUAGCGCAGAGGAACGGAGGAAGCCACUACACCAACGAGAUGUUCCAAAAGGCCGAGAGGAAAAUCGAAGAGGAGCUGAGGAUAGUGAUGGUGGGGAAGACUGGAGCUGGGAAGAGUGCUGCUGGAAACACCAUCCUGGGACGAAAGGGCUUUGAAUCAAAGUGCACGUCUAAGUCUGUGACUGUUGACUGUUUCAAGCAUGAAUGUGUGAUAGAUGGGCAACAGAUUGCUGUCAUUGACACUCCGGGCCUGUUUGACAACAGGUUUGAUGAGACUAAAACAGCCAAAGAUGUGAGCCAGUGCAUCCGUUUCGCUGCUCCAGGACCCCAUGUGUUUCUGGUGGUCAUUGGUGUGGGCAGAUUCACUGCAGAGGAAAAGCAGACGGUGCAAAAGAUUCAAGAAAUAUUUGGCCAGGAUGCAGACAGAUACAGCAUGGUUCUCUUUACUCGUGGUGACGAUCUUGAAGAAACGACCAUCGAGAAAUUCGUAGAAGAAGACACCGACCUCCAAGAACUUGUGGCCAGAUGUAACAACCAGUACCACGUCUUCAACAAUAAGGAGAAGAAGGAUCGCUCACAGGUCAAUGAGCUGCUCCAGAAGAUCAGAAAUAUAGCGCAGAGGAACGGAGGAAGCCACUACACCAACGAGAUGUUCCAAAAGGCCGAGAGGAAAAUCGAAGAGGAGAAACAACGCAUCCUGAAAGCAAAAGAAGAACAAAUACAGAAAGAGAGAGAGGAACUGAAGAGGGAAUUUCAGGAAAAAUAUGAAAAAGAAAUUAAGAAAAUUCAAGAGCAAUUUGAGCUAAACAGCAGAUCUUACAAUAUGUUUCAGGUUCAUCUUCAUAAGAGAGCAGUGCAGCUGAUACUGGAUGUGGUUUGGUGCAAGAGUGCUGCUGGAAAGAGUGCUGCUGGAAACACCGUCCUGGGACGAAAGGGCUUUGAAUCAAAGUGCACGUCUAAGUCUGUGACUGUUGACUGUUUCAAGCAUGAAUGUGUGAUAGAUGGGCAACAGAUUGCUGUCAUUGACACUCCGGGCCUGUUUGACAACAGGUGUGAUGAGACUAAAACAGCCAAAGAAGUGAGCCAGUGCAUUCUUUUCUCUGCUCCUGGACCCCAUGUGUUUCUGGUGGUCAUUGGUGUGGGCAGAUUCACUGCAGAGGAAAAGCAGACGGUGCAAAAGAUUCAAGAAAUAUUUGGCCAGGAUGCAGACAGAUACAGCAUGGUUCUCUUUACUCGUGGUGACGAUCUUGAAGAAACAACCAUCGAGAAAUUCGUAGAAGAAGACACCGACCUCCAAGAACUUGUGGCCAGAUGUAACAACCAGUACCACGUCUUCAACAAUAAGAUGAAGAAGGAUCGCUCACAGGUCAAUGAGCUGCUCCAGAAGAUCAGAGAUGUAGUGCAGAGGAACGGAGGAAGCCACUACACCAACGAGAUGUUCCAAAAGGCUGAGAGGGAAAUGGAAGAGGAAAAACAACGCAUCCUGAGAGCAGAAGAAGAAAAAAUACAAAAAGAGAGAGAGGAACUGGCGAAGGAACUUCUGAAAGAACAAGAAAAAGACAUUAAGAAAAUGCAAAAGCAACACAAGGCUGAGAGAGAGAGGGAGAGGAAAGAGAGAGAGGAGGAGAAGAGGAGGGAGAGGGAGGAGAGAGAAGCAGAGAGAAAGAGGGAGAGA